AUGAAAUUAAAAAUUAAAAAUAAAGAAAACAAAAGAGAAAAAAAGGACGGAAACGGUAAAGAUCGGAACCCUAGAACAACCGGCAAAGAGAUCAGACAACCGUUACUCCGACUGCCGGUGAUAUAAUUAUAUAUCUUGAAGGAUCGUGAGGGAGAUGGAAGUCCUUUAGGAAGCAUCUCCCGGCUCUUGUGUACUAACCCUUUAGAAAUGAGUGGUGGCCGGCAGCGGACCCUUGUGGUUGGGGUUCAGCAUGUUUUGGACUAUCUGAAACGAAUGCAGGCUGAGAAUCCUGCUUUUUAUUAUGCAGUCCAGGGCGAUGGUGAUCAUCACGCUGGGGCAAAUAUCUUUUGGGCUGAUGCAACUUCUAGAAUGAAUUAUACUUACUUUGGUGACACUGUUGUAUUGGAUACAACAUUUAGAACAAAUCAGUAUAGGGUGCCUCUUGCUGCCUUUACAGGGUUUAAUCAUCAUGGUCAGCCAGUUUUGUUUGGAUGUGGGUUGGUCCUUUAUGAGUCCGAAUCCUCGUUCAUUUGGCUCUUCCAAACUUGGCUUCAAGCAAUGUCUGGCCGCCAACCAAUUUCCAUUACAACGGACCCAGAUAGGCUUAUCCAGGUUGCCGUUGCACAAGUUCUUCCAGGUACCCGCCAUCGUUUUUGCAAAUGGGCUAUAUUCAGAGAAACGCAGGAGAAGUUGUCUCAUCUUUGCCAAUCUCAUCCUACUUUUGAAACUGAGUUUAGAAAAUGUGUUAAUGAGGCUGAGACAAUUGAAGAAUUUGAGUCCUUCUGGGAAGCCCUUCUGAAUAGAUAUUACAUUAUGGACAAUGAGUGGCUUCAGUUAAUGUAUAGUGCUAGACAACAGUGGGUACCUGUCUACAUGAGGGACACUUUCUUUGGAGAAAUGUCAAUAAAUGAGAGCUAUAAAAGUUUGAAUUUGUUUUUUGAUGGAUAUGUUACUGCAUCCACCUCUAUACAGAUGUUGGUUAGACAGUAUGAAAAGGCCAUGGCAAGCUGGCAUGAAAAAGAAUUAAAAGCUGAUUAUGAUACAAUUAACUCUAUGCCUGUCCUGAAGACACCAUCUCCUAUGGAGAAACAGGCUGCAGAUCUAUAUUCAAGGAGGAUUUUCAGAAAGUUCCAGGAGGAAUUGGUAGAAACUCUUGCCAAUCCUGCAACCAAAAUUGAUGACACAGGAACCAUUGCUACCUAUCGAGUAGCAAAAUUUGGGGAAGACCAUAAAGCCCAUGCUGUUAGUUUUAAUUCAUUAGAGAUGAAAGCUAAUUGCAGUUGUCAACUGUUUGAGUAUUCAGGAAUAAUUUGCAGGCAUAUAUUAGCAGUUUUUAGGGCAAAAAAUGUUCUUACACUUCCUUCUCAAUAUGUAUUGAAACGGUGGACCAGAAAUGCCAGAAAUGGAGCUGUAACAGAUGAUCAUAAUUCAGAACUACCAAAUGAAGCUGGAGAUUCUUCUACUGUCAGGUACAAUAAUCUUCGUCAAGAAGCAAUCAAGUAUGUUGAAGAAGGAGCGAAGUCAAUUCAUAUUUAUAAUGUGGCUGUGGAUGCCCUAAAAGAGGCCUCUAGAAAGGUUUCUGCUGUAAAGAAUCGGGGCCCUGGAGCUACUAACGGUGAUGUUAUGGCCAAUGGAGUUGUUGGGCCUUUGGUUGCAACAGAAGAGAAUCAGACACCAACCUAUCAAUCAGUGGAACAAAAGGAGAAGAAAAUUCGUGAGCUUUCUGCAGAGUUGGAAAAAACAAAUCAACGUUGUGAAGUAUAUAGAGCAAAUCUCCUAGCUGUUCUAAGGGACAUGGAAGAACAGAAGUUGAAGCUAUCUGUGAAGGUCCAAAAUGCAAGGCUUAGUUUGAAAGAGUGAAUGAUCAUGAAAUACAGGAACAAGCAAUUUCUCACUUUAAUGUUACCAUUCUACUCUCAAGUUGAUACCAUCCUUCCACUGUGUUCAUCAUUUUAAUGGUUCUUCCAUCUAACGACUAAAGAUGGGGAGUGAGCAACCUGGCAUUGAAGGGAACGUUCGAGUGUGCCACAACUGUCUUAUAAGUUUUCUCUGAACUAUGAGUGUUUCCUUUUUCUGUGGAAAAAUGCUGUAACUAUCCUACAAUUCCUACUGUGUAAGUUACAAAGAGGUAGUUGGAUCUAGGAUGAACCGUCAUGAACAUCUGGCAUUGAUUGCUGCUGUCGACUUAGAGACGAGGAUUAGGAAGAUGAAUGCUGUUCAAAUCCUGAUGACUCAAAUAAUUCUUGUUUGAGUGAUUGUUGUAAAGUAAAUAGAAUAUGUAUUCUUAUUAAAUGUUCUUCAAUGUGUUAGUAA